UUCAAUAAUAAAAGACUCCCAUGGCAACCGGAGUUUCGAUUACUACUUCAAGCUUAAUAGCGCACCGUUUCAAACAUAAGACUUACUACCAGGUUCCAAAUCCCUUUUCUAAAUCAUUCCCUUACUUUCUUAAAGCAACCCCACCAACCAUUUUCCGUAGAAAGAGUUUUAGCUUGAGACCAUGCUUGGUCAAGGAAGAGAUCAACACAGAGAUUAGUCAAGUUCAGAAAGAAAACGCUGUCCAAUACGUUGAUAAUGAUGUAAGGAACGAGGUAACAACAACCUCACGUGUUGUGUCAGAGAGAUUAGCGAGGAAAACAUCAGAAAGAUAUACGUACCUAGUUGCUGCAAUCAUGUCCAGCUUUGGAAUCACUUCCAUGGCUGCUAUGUCUGUUUAUUAUAGAUUUUCUUUGCAAAUGGAGGGUGGAGAAAUUCCACUAGUGGAAAUGUUCAGUACAUUUGCUCUCUCUGUGGGUGCUGCAGUGGGAAUGGAGUAUUGGGCAAGGUGGGCUCACAGAGCGCUGUGGCAUGCUUCAUUGUGGCCUAUGCACGAGUCCCAUCACCGACCAAGGGAGGGUCCUUUUGAGCUCAACGAUGUUUUCGCCAUGAUCAACUCGGUUCCAGCAAUUGCUCUUAUUUUUUACGGCUUCUCUAACCAGGGUUUGGUUCCAGGACUCUGUUUGGGCCUUGGUUUAGGACCCACAAUGUAUGGGAUGGCCUACAUGUUUGUGCAUGAUGGACUUGUCCACCGUCGAUUUCCAGUUGGGCCAAUCGCUAAUGUCCCUUAUUUACAAAGAGUUGCUUCAGCCCACCAACUUCAUCACUCGGACAAAUUUGAUGGCGUGCCAUAUGGGUUAUUCUUGGGCCCAAAGGAACUAGAAAAAGUUGGGGGAACAGAAGCGUUGGAAAAGGAAAUUCAACGAAGGACUAACCAAUCCAAAGUUUGAUAGUGAAGUGUACAAGUGUGAUUAAACCCCUCUUGUAGUGUUCUUAUAAUAGUCAAUUAUAAAAAUGGAUUAGUUCUUUUGUCAUUUGGUGAAUAAAACUAUAAAAGGCAUUCCUAA